AGUUACUUUCCGGUUACAUGUCAUGGGAACGAACGUUGACCGUGUAGCCAACGAUGUGACCUAGAUGACGAGGUAGGGGAAAUAGAAUCUAUCUGCACACAUAUGGACGUAACAUUAACAUCAUUGUCUGGCCGCGUAAGAUCCAUCAUUGCCAUGGAAUACGAUUAAACACCAACAAUGAUUAAUUUGCAGAGGAAUCUCAAAUGAAAUGAUGUUGUCUCUCGUGGUGAUUCUCCUUUCGCUUUGGACGUCAACAGCUUCUGACACAAGUAAAGUCUGCCCAGACGACUGCCUCAACUCUCGCUGUCGCACGAACAACUCCCGUGUUGUAUGUACAGACGGAUGUGUGGCUGGUAAAAGGGGAGAUGACUGUAAGAUUGAGUGUUUAGCAGCCUGUAUCCAGUGUGAACGUUAUACUGUUGGUUGUGUAGGAUCGUGUCGGAAUCCACGUUUUUUUGGCCCCAACUGUAGCAUACAAUGUGCCAUGAACUGUAUGGAUGGGUGUAAUAAAACCAAUGGACAAUGUAAUGGCUGCAAGGCAAGCUACAGAGGAAGAUAUUGCAAUCAUACAUGCCCUGCCAACUGUGAACGUUGCGAGCAAUAUGGCGAAGGCUGCAUACAAUGUACAGAACCUUACUGUAGGGGUUUGUGUGAUGAGAAUAUGACUAAUUGUGAUAGCACAUCGUGCAAAAAGACCUGCCUCCCAAACUGCAGGAGCUUUGACAUCAGUAGUUCUAAGUGUGCUGGCCCCUGCAUAAAUCAGAACUAUCGUGGGGCAAUGUGUAGCAUCCCAUGCUCACCUGAGUGUGACAGGUGUCACAAACAAACGGGCGAGUGUAUACAGUGUAUACCACGGAUGUGGGGGAGGUUUUGUAAUGAAUCCUGCCCAUCAAGGUGUAGAUUAUGUGAUCGAUAUUCGAGUACAUGCAUUGGUUCUUGCAUGGAUUCUAAUUUUCAUGGCGUGAAUUGUGACACCCCAUGCCCUGUUAACUGCCAUGGGUGUCACAGAGAGACAGGCCUGUGUAUCCAGUGUGCCAACAACUUCAGCAGGACGUACUGCGACGAGAUAUGCUCGCCGUGUGAGGGAGAAACAUGCAACACCUCACCUUGUCAAGAACGUAAAGCUAACCACACCUUGGUUAUUGUCGUCGGAACAAUAGCUGGAGUUUCCACGUUGCUGUUACUGAUAUUAGGGAUCUGGGCGCAUAGGAGAAGUAGACUGAUGCGUGUCUACUCAUCAAACACCGGAGGUGGAAGAUGGGACAGCAAUGGUUCCAGGCAAUCACGCAACAGUGACUACCAAUCGCAUAAGUACUCGGAAAUAUACGACAAGGACAUGGACUCUGAUUCGUGCAUACCUAGACUUCCUCCAGCUAGGUUAUCUAUACAGCCUCCCCCUCCUCCCCGAAAACAGGACCCCACACAGAAGUUACCAAGAAGACAGUCCUGGUCACUCGGACAAGGAGCGUCAAGGGACAGCCAGACAUCGUAUGAGUCGAUCAUGCUCAAAACCUUACACAUUGACCCUCUCAUGGCAAAAGGGACAGAAUCAGAAUCAUUGGUUACAUCAGAGCAGCCAGGCGUUUAUGACAUUGCAUCCUCGCCAAUGAAAGGAAUUGCCAGAGCACCAUCUAUGCCUCUUUUAAUGACUACUUCUGGAAAUGCUGCUGCUGAAGUUUCCAGUCGUCAACAUAUGCAGUAUGUCUGUGACAUACAUGAUAUGCCUGUAUCUUCACGCAUCCAGCAGCUUACUACAAAGACCAGUUCAAUCUUAUUCAUAGAACAAAAUAAUGACUUGACAAAUGUCACUGUGAAAUACCUUACCCCAGAUAAAACUGUCUACGGAAAAUGAAAAUUAUCGCCCUCAGUUGUAAUGUAGUAAACUAUAUUCAAGUGAGUUUUGUCGCUUAUAUUGUAAAUAUUUUAUGUGCUGUUACUUAUGCCUGAUUUUAAUAAACAUUUGCUGACGAAA